CGGUCAUUUGUCCCUCGGCGGUCCCCGUCGAUACAUGCUGCUCCUUUGUUUACAAUGAUGGCUGUGGUAGUUAUCAGAGGUUUUCUUUUAAAUAGAUGAAAUGUCUGUAUUGCGUAGAGCUAAAUCAUGGGACAUAUCAGAGUCUGAAGACGAAACUGAUCCUGAUACAAACUCAAGAUUAAAGUGUCGUGAGAAUAGCCGAGCAGAAACCGUGCGCACAGAUUUAAAGGGUGAACCAAGUUUGGAUCAACCAUGUAAAACCUUCCAACCUCCAACCAGAGGAGGGGAGUCCAGUCCUCCUCCCCGACCAGGGGGGUCUGGCACUCCAAGUCCUGCGAAAAGACGUCGAACCAAAGAGGAGAUAGAGUUGGACAGAAGCAAAGCCAGAGAGAGGAAGGAAGCGAGAGAGAGGCAGAGAGCAGCCAGAGCCCAGGAGAAGGAGGAGAGGAGACAGGCUGCCGAGAACCUCAAGAGUCUCAGACCUGAAAACUGCCUAAAGUGUCUGACUGUCUGCAUAGACCCAGUCCUUCUGGAACAGGAUGGCUCAGAUAUUUUAUUGGGCACCCUGGCUUCCUUUGACUGGAAGUUUGACAUUAAGACUCAGCAGCUCCCUUACAGCAUCACAUGGACCAGAUGUUUACCUCAGAAGGAGGGCAAUGAAACAACCGUGGAGGAGCAAGUGGUGCUGGUGCUCGGUCUGGGUGAAUUUAUAGAUCUGGUGACCUCUGUGAAGAAAAUGCUGGAUAGUGGAGGGGAGGAGACAGGACAAAAGGGUUUUCUCUGUUCGCUUUUGGAGUUUCUCAACCACAGUGCAGAGAACGUGGUAACACUCUUGGUGACAGACUGUCAGUCGGAUUACAUGGGCAGUGCUUAUGAUGUGCAUUUACUUGAGGUAACAUUGGGGAUGGAGCAGCACAACAUUGAAGAGGUUCUCGUGUACCUGCAGCUCUGUAAGAAUAUUGCCAUCGUCUUCCUGAACGGCUGGCAGGAGGUCACUGACCAUGUGUGUGCUGUCACUAAGGCCUUGUCAAAACGCCCUUUCAAGCUGCUGACAGAGCGUACAGAGCUGCCCUUCUGUGUGGAUGGUUCAUGGGCCAGCGGGGCUCGUGUGGAAAAGGACGGCACCGGGCUGAUGGAGGUCUGGAGGAGGCAGAUCCAGCAGCUGAACAGAGUUAGUCCUGCUGUGGCCUCAGCCGUGACAGAAGCCUACCCAUCUCCUCAGCUCCUCCUACAGGCAUAUGAGAACAUGGUGUCAGAGGAGGAAAGGAAAGGGCUGUUGACUGGUUUGUUAGUGAAGACUGAAGGCAAAGAGAGACGUGUUGGAGCUGAGAUAUCAUCUAGAAUUUACCGCUGCUUCACGGCCCACAAUCCCCAGCUGGUCCUGGACUAAUUUGUCCACUUGAGUUGACAGCAAGAUAAAUGGGUGUCAUGGAGCGCUAAUCUGGUUUCUUAUGAAACCUUGUCACCACUUGGCUGCUAUUGUUGUUGAUGUUUACAAGCUAAAAAUGAAUCUUGGAUAUGAUAUUCACUGUCCACUAAUGUACUAUUUAUACUCAUUUUAACUUAAGAGCUAAUAGAAUAUUAAUAGAAUAUAUUUAAUGAAGAAAUGUGUGAUGUGUAUUUUUUGUUUUUGUGUGAGUUAACCUAUACAAAUGAGCUGUAACAGAUUUUCAUUUUAGUUUUAUUUUAAAGAAUUGCCUGGUAGGAAAGUAAUAAACAAAGCAUUACAGUAAAUAGAAAAGACUGGUGAAUAGCAAAUCCUCUUGUAAGCAAGAACACAACUCUUGAUAUUAAAAACAAAUGCUGAUUACAAAAAAAACAAUAUGAAAAGUCAUUUCCAUAGUACGAAAAAGCAAUUCCUGUCCUUGAGAGUAGCACAUGUGCACUUGAUUAGAUCCCCAAUAUUUUGCUGUUAUUUUGAGUCUAAUCUGGCAAAUAUCAGGCCUUCCAAAGACUGAAAAAGAAAACUAUGAGUGCAA